CUAAACGCUUCGUAAGAAUCGAAGCUCACGAACGUCACGGAGUGCAUUGUAGUUACCGUCUCUGCCAGUCUGAGGAUGGCUAUGAGACUUGAUUUCUAUAUACUUGUCCUUCUCUCGUCCUGAUUGCAGAUGUCGAAGCAGCCUUGCCCAAACAUACGGGUCGUAGAUCGAUCAAGUCGUGAACGUGAUAUCCUUCGUUUUGUCAGCGAACCAGCGCGGGUUGCAAACCAAGAAGCCAAAUUGUAUGCGUGCACAUGUGGACUCCGAACGGCGUUGGUCGAGGGAAACGGGUAUAGAAGUCAAAACGAGGUGAAUGUAGGUAAACCAGAACUAUGCUGCACAGUUGGAUGUGAAUUCGCGGCUCAGCCAGUGCGGUCAACCUCUUGUACCAAUCGAACAAAGGUGAACAUCGUUGGCUGGACCAGGCAACAUUGGAAGGUACUUGUAACCUUGAAACAGUAGUGCUUAUGCAGGCGUACAAGAGGCUGGGGCAUCGGGAGGCAGUGAGGCGGAAGCACACUGAGGCCCAAUAUCCUCAUGAACGUGGAAGCCUAUACUUUGUUUGUAGGCUU